UUGCAGUCCAUCCAUGACGAGCUCUACUAGUACCACGACGACAGCCCAGCCCAUGGCCUGGAACGUCUCCAUCCAUGCACUCAACCAGCUCCUCCACAGCGCCGACCUCGCCGUCGUGGCCGCCCAGCUGGCCUCGACGCACUACGACAGCGGCGUCGACAUUGGCGCCUUGCCGCUCGACGAGUGGACAAGCUACGUCGCGGCCGAAUUCCAGACGCUGCCGUCCAAGGCCAUGACGUGGCGCGACGGGCACGUGUUCAUCACGGAGCUGCCGCUGCCAUUGCACACGGCCCUCGUUGCCGCAUGCAACAGCGUCGUCGAGGCAGCAACGGGCACGAGCAACUGGCAUCUCAAGCACUAUCGCAGCGCGAUGGUGGCGUCGCUGGACUUGCUCAUCGAACCCGACUGCAGUUACGGCCCGGACCGCGGCGUCGGCGGGUCGCUCCCGCGCGGCCUCCUCUCGUGGGCCGACUACCACACGGUCAAGGUCGAGAUCGGCGUCACGCGCGGCUGGACGCAGCUCGAUGCCAAGGCCAGCGCGUGGCAUCGUUUCCCAGGUGUCCAGUACAUUUUGUGCAUCCAUGUCUCGAGCGACCGUCGCGUCCGCGAGUUCAAGCUCUACGACGUGGUGGCGGGCCAGCCGCUUGCACCGGUCGCGCCGCGGCCCAUUGAAGCGACGACUGUGCUGUCGCUCGACUCGCGUCGUCUCCUUGGACUCCCCGCAUCCGAACGCUUCCCGACCCGGUUUGCGCAGCCAAACAUGCGCGUGUCUCUCUCCGACAUUGUGACCAUCGCGAUUGCCAAGCAAACCAACUAAGUUAUGACCCAUAUAUACGUUCUGCUACGACCCUUAGAGCC